CAAAGCAAAGAUGGCGAUUGAUAUUUGUUGAAGAAUAUUUUCAAAAUUUAAGCUUAGAUCUCUUUUUAAAGUUAAAAUCCACGCCAAACGUUAUCCUUUUAGGGAUUAGAAGUGAUAUGCCCAACUAUAAACGGAUUUAUCUUUUGUUUUUAAUGGUUUGUUGAUGAAGAUCAGCAUUGUCUGUUGGUAAAAAGUGCCUUGAUAUGAAAACAUUUCGGUCAAAAUUCUUAUAUCAACUUGGAUGUUGAAAUCGCAGUUCAAAAGGUGUGUUUUACGACUACAAAGCUCAACGUUGAACACUCAGGAAGAUUAUUUAUUGAAGAUUGCCUYCACAAGCACCAGGAAUCGUCUAAAGAUGUGGUUUUGAAACCUAAAAGUUGGCACACUUCUACCAAGCUGGCUUUGAUCUGAUCUCUCUAAAAAUAUUUUCUAUGCUCAAGUUAUUGGUGAUUUUUCCUCAAAUCAUUUCCUUAAAAUAUAUGGAUUAUCAUUGCCUCAAGAAAUUAUCAAAAAGGAUAUAAUACAAAGCUUUCUUUUUGAAAAAAGCUUUUUAAUUCUAUUACUUGUAUGACUUCAGUGGUAUAAAGUUAGUAACCUGAUAUUGAAGUGGAUACAGAAUGUCACAUCUUCUUGGAUACGAGAGCUGCUUGGAMAGUCUUAGCCGGGAUAUCAGUGAUAUCCAGGCUGUCAUCUCAGACGUCAUGUCACGUGUGGGGCCAUUACGGUAUCCAUCGUGGAAGUACCCUGACAAGAUAUCCAGCGAGUUAGAUAUUGGGGAACUSUUAGAAAUAUAUGGUUACUCUGAUGAUGAAGAUCACUGUAAACUGUCUCAUAUCAUACUGUUUGAACUGGUUAUUGAUAGACUCAUGUUAUUGCUUCAGGGAGCAGCUCAGUUUGUUGAUCAACUUCUCAAAUCAUCUGACAGAGAACAGCGACCUGCCAGCAGCCGAGUUCUGGGUCCUGCCAUUUCUGUUGGUCUGGUAGCAAAGAAAUUCUGGAACGAGGUGGUGCAUGUGCAACAAACCACACAACAGAUGCACUUUGAGACAAAAACCAAGGCUGAAACUUUAACYAAAAUGGAGGACACCAUCAGUGACCUACGAGAUGAAAUUAAAAUGCUAAAAAUAGUCAUAAAUAAAAAUGGUGAAGGAAGAGUGGUUAGUGGGAAAAUCAAAGGAAGAGGAAAGUCUGCUGCAAGCUCUGCAAAGUUUAUUCUCUCAGCCUCUGAAAGUAUUUCAUUCAGAAGCCCAUCACCAACAAAUGACUUAACACUGAGUGUUGAAGAUGUUGCCCUUGCUAAAACAUGCCAGGAAAUAGCUACACAAACAUAUGAUACAGCAUUUAUYCCUUGCGAGGCUUGCUCAAGGACACAAAAACACUUACUAGAAGUUGGAGAUAUGGUCAUGAAUCUUUGUGAAUCUCAAGGACUAACUUCAUCAUUGGCCAAACAAAAGAAAUUGCUCCGUAAGUCUCUGAUGGCUGCAGCAGACAUUUCCAGAUGGACUUCAGAGCAAAACCAGGAUCUAUCRAGGAUUAAUAAUCAUUUGGAUAAUCUAUAUGCUCAAAUCAAUCCACUAGAGGCAAAGUUGAAGAAUUCGCAAGACAACUGUAAGCAGCUUGAGAAACAAGUACAGGAGAUGGAACAGAACUUGAUCAAUGAGAAAAACGAACUGGCUGAAAGGGAAGAAGCAGCCAAGAAAAAGUUUCAAAAAAUCGUUCAAGAGAAAGAUGUACUCUUGGCAGGUGCUGAAAGUGCUAACAAGGAGCUUGAACAGGGGAAGRAAAUGUUACAGGAGAUGGCCGCCAAACUAAAUCUUACUAUCAAGAAACAAAAGGAAACUUUAUCAGGAUUAGAGGAUGAGAACUCUCGGCUGAAAACAGACCUUGAAAAGGAGACAAAUGAAGUAAAGAGACUGCAGAAUGUAGAUAAAGAAAUUCUUGAUGUAAAAGUACAAUUGAACGAAGUUCAGAUUAAACUCAGAGAGACGUCAUUAGAACUGGACAAGACUCAGGCUAAGAAUCGUUCACUGGAAAAACACGAACGGGCACUUCAAAGCAAGCACGACGCUCUUUUACAACGAGUUGAUGAACUCGAUAAUGAGUGUGAAGAUUUACGAGAACGGUUAAUGGAGGCAGAAGGCGAGAGAGACGACUUACAAGACGCYUUAAGCAGCAAGGAAGACGAAAACACAAACUUAAACGAACAGUUACAAUCCAAAAAGGAACKUCUCGAAAAAAUUCAAGAAGAAAAGAGAAAUCUACUGGAAARCGUCAAAGAACUACAAGAAAGCUCUGAGAAACUCCAGCAACAGCUCCAAGAAAACGAAGAAAAGYUAAAACUUUUGUCGGAGUUUCCGUCAAUGGAUAACAAAUCAACGGCAACAGAGAAUAUGGAUUGUGUUAACGGAAGGGAAGUGACGGACUUGGAUGUGGUGAAAGAUAUGGAAAAACAAGUAAUGGCAAAUAACAUAAGAAUUCUGAUGUUAGAAGAGCAGAAUGAGAAACUGCGGAAGUCUAUAACGCUACUGAUGUCAUCAGCCGGCGAUGUGCAAAGYAAAGAGACUCGUGAUCCAGUAAGUUUAUGGAGACCUCAAAGUGGCGAACAAGACAGUCGACGUUCUGCUUCUAGGGCAUCAGGAGCCGGGUGCUUUGUGGACAGAAACCAAGACAUGAGUAAAACAACGAAUGGGGCUGCUUCUAGACUACACGACAGUCCUUCCUUCACGAUUCAACCUCGUCCACCUUCAAAACCAAGAACCGACUCAGCCAAAUCCAGGCAAAAAAGUCCAAACAUAAAACUGAUAGAAAAGCGUCAUUCGGCCWCAUUGAGCGCCAAGCUAGCAUCAAGCAGUAAACCAACCAACAAAUUGUUGGAUAGCGGAACUGACCCGGAAUGGGAAUYGUAUCAAGCACGAACUGUGAAGACGCCGCCAGAAGAAAAGAGACGAGGACCAAGCCCUAGUGGGUACAGCCCUGUUGAUGUGUUUAUAUGUUCGGGCUGUGAUAAAGUCUAUAACACUAAAAAAGACUUGGACAUUCAUAAGUCCUUUUGCUAUGGAAGCAUUACGGGAAUGUCGUAAUACUUAAGCAUGCUACUAUAUAAAAGGUUUAUGUAUGUGGGGAUCCCAAAUGGUUCAAUGGCAGGAAAAUAUUUCUGAAUAUAUUUAUAUAUUAUUUCAUUCGUCCGCCUUAUGUGCAAUACACUUCUGGCAGUUGCAGUUGUGUCAAAAUGAACACCAGAAAUGAGCUUAARUUUUCCCUUUUUCUUACUCACCUCGGGUUACCCGUGCUGUAUAUCGCAAAAUGAAAUACGGUGAACAGA